UAUCUGAUUUCACAUGGAAAGACACAGUUCCAGACUAUCAAAGGCACCCUGAUCAACUCCGGCCUACUCUCCGAAUAGACAUGACAUUGUUCAGCCGCUGCCUUCCUGCACCUGCCGUAGUCUCUUGCGUUGCACCUUGUUCUUAUUGGCUGCUCCUCCGAGGGGCAUCUUCCUAGCGCAUCGCAUGUCAGCAUCAGAAACGUCUACACCAUGACAUACCGCCUGCACAUCUGUUCGUCGUCAUUCUCACCCCGCCAACCCUGACCGUGCCCCGAAUUUCGAACCUCGCCAUGAAUGCCCCUGUCGAGCCACAGUCCAUCUGUGUCGUCGGCGCUGGGCCUGCAGGUCUGGCUGCUGCAAACAUCUGCAAACAGUACGGCUUCGCAGUCACCGUCUACGAGGCCGCAGACCGUGUAGGCGGCAUGUGGAGAGAUGACCGCGGGGGGGUUGGUGACAAGUGUAGUCCAGAGAUGCGGACCAACCUAAGCAGAUAUACUGUUGCCUUUUCUGAUCUGGCUUGGACAUCGGCACAUGUAGAUAUCUCGAAACCUGCUGCCGAUCCACUAGCUGUUCCGCCUAUAUUCCCCAAAGCGUGGCAGGUGGGCCGGUAUCUUGCAACAUAUUCAAAGACCCUUGGCAUAACUGAAGACAUACUCCUCGAGCACCGAGUUGUCAGCGCAUCACUGCAAAAAGAUGAUACUUGGAGAGUGGUCAGUGCCGACAGCACCUGUCAGCUAACAUCCCGUACCUUUGAUCGGCUCGUCGUCGCCAGCGGCUUCUUUAACAAGCCAGCCCACACCUUCAAUCCCGUCCCCUCCAAACCUCUCUCAAACAUCCAACACUCCUCACGAUUUCGGACUCUCUCUGCCUUGACGGAAACCCCCGGCAAGAUAGUCGUGAUUGGAGGCGGCAUCAGCGGCUCAGAGGCUGCUUCACAGGCUGCUUCACAGAUCUCCAACGCAAAGCACUCGCCUGGAGGAAUGACACCCUCCCACGCCGAUAGCAAGAUUUUACACGUCAUCAAUCGUCCCUUCUACUGCCUUCCUCGCUACCUUCCACAAGACCCUCAGACUCACGACGGGCAUUUCAAGCCAGCACCUAGAUUCCUUCCCCUUGAUUUGAUUCUCUACAAUCUGUCCCGUCGCGGUGAUGGAGAUAUCUCUGCAGCUAUCAGCACCGUUCCACCAGAAAAAGCCAAGAAAGGUCACGAGUUUUUAAGAUCAAGUAUAGGCUGUGAUCAGGCCGACGUCGGCUUCUCAGAGCUUGUGUACAAGGCGAGCCAGACACAACACCCUGGCUACACUGGUAUAACCGACACGUAUAUGGAGUUUGUCAGAAGUGGCAUCAUUGUGCCAGUCCGGGGAUGGGUUGAACGUGUCGAGCAGGCAGCCAACGGUGAUUGUCUAGAGAUUAGUCUUGGCCAAUAUGAGCCCUGGUUCCAAGGGCCAGGCGCAAAAGCUGUGGGCGAGAGCAGAGUGAGUGAUGUGGUCGGUAUCAUUGAAGCCACAGGCUACAAAGCCGACCUCGAUUGGCUCGACGCCCGUGUCCAAUCCCUUCUCGCUGACCGCAACGACACCCCGAAUUCGCGCAUACCGUAUCUCCUGUCACGUGGCUCGGUCUUUUCACAACACGUACCCACAAUUGGGUUUGUGGGUUUUUACGAAGGCCCUUACUGGGGCGUGAUGGAAAUGCAGGCUCGACUUUUGGCUCAACGCUGGGCCAAACGAGAGCCUGAGCGGUCGGCGUCUCUGACUUCCGCCUUGUACAAGUAUGAUGACACGAGGCAUAUGCAAAACGCCAUGGGUCAGAGGUCCCUGCAAGUGCCGCAGUUCUGGAUGGCGGACUAUGUUGGACUAAUGGAAGAGUUCGCACGAGAAACGGGCGUCUCACGUGAUGACACCCUAUUCGGUGGCCAAUCGGGUCCCGCUUUCCCAUCGCGCUAUCGACACACAAAUAGCAGUCUGCAAGCCGAGGCAGUAGUCAGAGAAGUUGCCGGAGUACUCGAGGCAUCUCAAGAGGAUGCUCGGUUUGUUGCAGCGGCCGUGUUUACAGGCAUGCAAGGUGUCUGGAAGAUGACGCGCAAGAUUGAUUCACGUACUCAGACACCCGGUGGCAUAUUCGUGGGUACGGCCCACUUCCACCCGCGUCAGUCUACGGAUGCUGCGACCUACGCCUCCGAAUACUUGUAUAUUGAAGAAGGCACAUUCACCAUGGACACUGGUCUGUCGUUCCCUGCGACCCGUCGUUACGUCUAUCGGUACAACGAAACAAGCGAUGAGAUUACCGCAUGGUUUGUUGAAGACGAUGAAAAAAGCGUCGGAAAGCUAUUCAAUACCUGGCGUUUCCACGCGCCUGAUGACCAGGCUGGCGGCUGGAUGGCUACAGGCUGCCAUUGGUGCGAUCCCGAUACGUAUCAAAAUGACUGCGAAUUCAAGUUUCGCGGUGCAAAGAUCGAUCGGUUCAUGAUCAGAUACAAAGUGGACGGACCAAAGAAAGAUUAUUUGCAUGAGAGCUGGUAUGAGAGGCCAAAGGUAGAUGGCGGAGCAAACGAAGGCGAAUGAGGGGGUUGUAAAGACAGCGCAACGUUUGCAAAGGGCUAUUCCAUUGCGAAUAUAUUGGGUGGGG